AUGGCCGCUCUCGCAUCGAACAUCAUCAGCAACCCCUGGUUCUUCGAGCCUCUCCAGAUCUUUGCAACACUAGGCGCCGCCGUCAACUUUGGUGGUUCAGUGCUGCAAUCGCCUCUGAUCAUGCCCACUGUGACCGACCACGUCGUUGGAGUACCAAUCCACUACACAGCUCAACAAACCGCCUACCUGCUUCACAACAGCGAGCACUUCUUCCCUCCCCUCAAUGCUCUGUGCUCGCUUUCCAACCUCAUCCUUACAAGCACCGCAUUCCUGCGCGCCCGCGACGGUAACCUCAUUGCCGAAGCCAAGUUCCCCAAGCUCGCUGCCGCUUUUGGCUUGAACGUCGCAACCACAGCCUGGGCAUUGUUGAUCCAAGUCCCAAUGAACAAGAGAAUGGCCAGAUUGGCAGAGAUCCUCAAGGCUGGUGUUGCCAACGGCACCGACAAGGACAGCAGACAAAAGGCUGCUGAGACCGAGUUCAGAGAGCUGCAGCUGAGAUGGCGCAAGCUCAACUACGGUCGCGCUGCCAUCAUGAUCGCCAGUGCUGUCGCUGGUGCCCUUGCGCUGGUCGCAAAGCCCUAG